CCGAACGUGAGAUUGUCAGGGACAUUAAGGAAAAACUGUGCUAUGUUGCACUUGAUUUCGAACAAGAACUCGCAGUUGCCAGUAGCUCAAGCUCAUUGGAGAAGAGCUAUGAGCUCCCUGAUGGACAGGUCAUCACUAUUGGAAACGAACGCUUCCGUUGCCCCGAGGUUCUCUUCCAACCCGCCUUUAUCGGAAUGGAAUCUUCCG